AUGUCAGUUGCAGUAGUAGACGAAGAAGAUAGAGUCUAUAACGAGAUUCAGAAAGCUUCUAAGGUCGCUCAAGCGGAUGGGAAUGAAACUCCACCCCCUAAAUAUGUAGGUUUUAUUGCUGGAAUGUGCUCAGGUGUAAUGAAAAAUGCUGUGGGGCAUCCGUUCGAUACUAUCAAAGUUAGACUUCAAACUGCACCUAAAGGUCAAUUUAAAGGACCUAUGGAUUGUGUUUUCAAGACUGUGAAGAAUGAAGGACUCAGAGGAUUCUAUAAAGGAUUCACCCCGCCAUUGGUUGGCUGGGUACUUAUGGAUUCCGUUAUGCUUGGAUCAUUACAUGUCUAUCGUCGUUGGGCUAAAGAUUAUAUAUACCCUCAAGAAUCGAAACUUCCGCUUAUGGGUCAUGUGAUAGCAGGUCUUGGGAGUGGAUUGACUGUUUCCUUUGUUGCAGCUCCUAUUGAACAAUUCAAAGCUAGACUUCAAGUUCAAUACGAUGCCAAAUCAAGAAUAUAUAAAGGUCCGAUUGAUGUGGUACAGAAAUUGUAUAAAACUAGUGGAAUCAGAGGUAUUUAUAGUGGUCUUUUCUCCACUAUGAUUUUCCGUACAAAUUUCAUUUUCUGGUGGGGGUCUUACGAACUUUUUACCCAAUGGUUUGAACAGAACACUAAGAUGUCUAAACCUUCCAUCAACUUUUGGAGCGGAGGUUUAAGUGCCACAGUUUUUUGGAUCUUCGCUUAUCCAGCUGAUGUUGUGAAACAAACUAUUAUGACAGAUUCUCCAAUUUUGGCAGAAAAGAAAUUCCCUCGUUGGAUCGAUGCUGUUAAACAUAUCUAUUCAACUAAUGGAUUAAGAGGUUUUACCAAAGGUUUUGGUCCUUCAAUUCUCAGAUCAUUUCCAGCUAACGCUGCUGCUUUGGCAGCUUUCGAAGCAGCUAUGAGGUUUUUACAUUAA